CAAGCGUAGGACUUUGGUUAUGUGUUUCCAGUGAUUAACUGACAGUAUGAGGGAGCAGCUACCUGCUGCAGAGAGGGAGAGGGCAGGGGCUCAUUUGCGGCCGACAUACGCUACUCUGCUCAGUACAGCGACCCCCAGUGUGACACAGCUGUCCAGGAAGACCUGGCCUUCCACCCCGUCCUGCAUGCACUCACACCAGACCAGCUGCUCCUCACCACAUGACACUAUUACUUGUAAGAAGAUCAGUUACUAUUUUCAUAAGGAGCAGCAGGAGAUGAACUUCAGCCAAGCUGAAAACAUGGCCCUUUGCUACGAGUCUUCGAACAAGUCCUGUCCUAAGCAUGUUUAUCCAGCUGCCAUACGAGGUCCUCUGUAUCUCCUUUUUGGGGCUGCCAUACUACUCACAGUGUUCGGAAAUCUUCUCGUCGUUUUCGCUAUAGCCCACUUCAAACAGCUGCACACUCCCACCAAUUACCUCAUCCUCUCCCUGGCUGCGACCGACCUUCUCCUGGGGGCCGUGGUCAUGCCCCCCAGCAUGGUGCGCUCAGUGGAGACCUGCUGGUAUUUGGGCAGCUUCCUCUGCAAGAUCCACUCCAGCACGGACAUCAUGCUAUGCACUGCGUCCAUUUUACACCUGUCAUUCAUUUCUAUCGAUCGAUACUAUGCCAUUUGCCAGCCCCUCCUCUACCAGACUAAGAUCACAACCCCCGUCUCAGCGUUAAUGAUCUUGAUUAGCUGGACCCUCUCUGCUCUUGUUGGUUUUGGGAUGGUAUUUCUGGAACUGAAUAUCUGGGGCAUUGAGGAUUUCUAUCAUGAGAAGGUUUAUUGCUUUGGAGGCUGUACUCUGUUUCAAAGUUUGACCUCAAGUUCUGUGUCAUCUACGGUUUCUUUCUACAUCCCCGGGUUUAUUAUGCUGGGGAUCUAUCAAAAAAUUUUUCUCGUAGCACAGCGCCAGGUGCGGUCCAUUCAGAGCUCAGUCUCUCAGGCUGGGAGGCCUGAAAAGGGCAAAGCAACUCCUAGCAAGAUGGAGCGAAAAGCCACCAAGACCCUGGCCAUAGUUAUGGGCGUCUUUCUCUCAUGCUGGACUCCCUUCUUCAUCUGUAAUGUCAUCGACCCCAUCAUUGAUUAUUCUACUCCACCUGUGCUGUUUGAUAUGCUGGUGUGGAUUGGCUAUUUAAACUCCACCUUUAAUCCAAUCGUUUAUGCAUUCUUUUACACCUGGUUCAGGAAAGCAUUCAAAAUGAUAAUACUCUGUAAAGUAUUUCAGCAAGAUUCAUCAACAAUAAAUUUGUUUACUGACUGA